UGACAGCGCCAGAGAAUGACACGUGGCGGUGUGGUUGGUGGUGAUAUUUACACCACGAGGCUCCUGCAUUCUUCCAGUGGACCGUGGCCUAGCCUGUUAUACAGCCAGGUGCUCCUGUCACAUCCAAAAGAAUUUGGUGAUCUUAUUCGUGAAGUGAUGGCCGUGCUCAUGAACGCCUACAUGCUGAUCGUCCUCUGUGUGGUCGCCACUGCCGUCGCCGCUCCGAGCUACGGCAACGACAACAGCUCCGAGAGGGAAGCAGAAAUCCUGAGGGACGACCGCGUUCACGGAGAUGACGGGAGAUACAAUGUCGACGUCGAGACAGAGAAUGGCAUCACCCUCUCCCAGUCUGGUUCUCCCGAGGGCAACAACGGCGCGAUCAUCAAGGCUGGCCAGUAUACCUACACUGCUCCUGACGGUACUGUCGUCUCCGUCAAGUUCGUGGCCAACGAGAACGGCUUCCAGCCCGAGUCCGACCACCUGCCCGUGGCUCCCGAGUUCCCCCACCCGAUCCCCGACUUCGUCCUCAGGCAGAUCGAAUUCGCCGCUGAGGAAGAGGCUCGCCGCGCCCGUGGGGAAGUCUCCCGCUCCUACGGCGCUCCCGAAGACGAUUAAGCGCACAAGUAUUCAAGUCUGAAAAUCCGCCGGGGAAUCUUUACACUGUGCAGGAGCACUGUUACAUCUGUAUGAGUUUCCCUUAACCGAUUACCAACAUUGCCGAUGUAUUUAUUGUAUUUAUGUACUGAUAUUUGAUAUUUUCACAUAGAUAAAUAAUAAAAAAAUGCACCAGACGCAAAAAA